AUGGUCGUGCAGGACAGCACGGAUGCUGGGGAUGCCAGAGUGGGUGUGCGGCUAGAGCCCUUCCUGCACCAGGUCGGGGGGCACCUGAGCGUGAUGAAGUACGACGAGCACACCGUGUGCAAGCCCCUCAUCUUCCAGGAGCAGAGGUUCUACGAAUCGCUGCCUCUGGCCAUGAAGCGGUUCACUCCGCAGUACAAGGGCACCAUCACGGUGCACCUCCAAAGAGACAGCCGAGGCCAUCUCAGCCUGGUGGCCACCCCGCUGAAGGAGAACCGGGGGCCCUUCAAGGUCUCCACGGAGUCGGCGGCAGUGGCCAUAUGGCAGACUCUCCAGCAGACCACCGGCGGUACUGGUGGCGCCCACCCCCUCGCCCAGUGGCAGCUGGCUCACUCGCUCGAGGAGAGCCCCGCCACAUCGCUCCUGAGGUCUGACUUCCACCUCAAUGCCCCGGUGUCCUCGCUGGUGGAAGAUGCUAAAGGGAACCAGGCCGAGAGGAGGAGCUUCAACCCGUGGGGCCUGCAGUGCCACCAGGCCCACCUGACCCGCCUGUGCACCGAGUACCCGGAGAACCAGCGGCACCGGUUUCUGUUGCUGGAAAACGUCGUGUCACAGUACAAGCACCCCUGUAUCCUGGACCUGAAGAUGGGGACCCGGCAGCACGGGGAUGACGCGUCCGAAGAGAAGAAGGCCCGCCACGUGAGGAAGUGUGCGCAGAGCACCUCGGCCUGCCUGGGCGUGCGCAUCUGUGGCAUGCAGGUUUAUCAAGUUGAUAAGAAGCACUUUCUCUGCAAAGACAAGUACUAUGGAAGAAAACUCUCCGUCGAGGGCUUCCGACAAGCCCUCCAUCAGUUCCUGCAUGACGGAACCCGCUUCCGGACAGAGCUCCUGGAGCCCAUACAGCACCGGCUCCAGGCCCUCCUCUCGGUCAUUAGGAGCCAGAGUUCGUACCGGUUCUACUCCAGCUCUCUCCUCAUCAUCUAUGAUGGGCAGGAGCCACCAGAAAGGACCCCAGGGGGCCUGCAUCCUCAGGAGGCUCCACAGACGGCCCACGGCAGCUCUUCCGGAGGUCUCACCAAAGUUGACAUCCGGAUGAUCGACUUUGCUCAUACAACAUACAAAGGCUCCUGGAACGAGCACACCACUUAUGAUGGACCAGAUCCAGGCUAUAUUUUUGGCCUAGAAAACCUCAUCCAGAUCCUGCAGGAUAUUCAAGAGGGAGAAUGA